AUGACACAUAAUAUAGUGAAGAAACUGAAACCAGGACUGUCCGUUGAACGUCAUUCGUCUAACUGUAUUCAAAAGACAUGGAGAUGACGGAUAUACUGUCCGUUCCCUUGAAAAAGACAUCAGAAAUUGAUUUGGUGAAGCCAUUGAAGAAUCUGAUUGCUUUGCGAUUUUCGACAGCUGACAAUCCCGAGAAUUUUAACGAUGCCAUAUCGGAGUUGAACAAACUGAGAAGUCUCGCCUGCGUUCGUGCUAUGGACAAGAACGAGGCGGCUAUUGAAACUGUUGCAAGAUACUGUGACCAGCUUGCAGCUCUAGAAGGUAAAAUUCCUGCACAGGAUGUCCAGAUUCCUUUCAAAUGGAAAGAUGCAUUUGAUAAAGGAUCAUUGUUCAGUGGAAAGAUGAGCCUGACAAUCAACUCACUUUCUUAUGAACGUAUGUGUUGCCUAUUCAACCUGGCUGCCUUUCAGUCCCAAGUGGCAGCAGUGCAGAGUCAAGAAAGUGAUGAGGGUUUAAAACUUGCUGCCAAACUGUUACAAUCAGCUAGUGGGGUUUUUUCAUACCUCAAAGCAAAUGUUAUGGGUGCUCUUCAGCAAGAACCAACCCCAGAUCUAAAUCCAGAGAUACUUGCUACUCUUUCAUCUUUGAUGUUGGCAGAAGCACAGGAAAUCUUUGUCAUUAAGGCUAUAAGUGAUAAAAUGAAAGAAGCCAUCAUUGCCAAAUUGGCAUCGCAGUGUGACGAGUUUUAUGCUGAAACACUGAAACAGAUGAAACAUCCGACAGCCACCUCGGUCUGGGAAAAAGACUGGAUUUCGAAAGUGACAGGAAAACAGUUGGCCUAUCAUGCAAUCGCACAAUAUUACCAGAGUCGUGUUUGCAAUGGGAAAAAAGCUAUAGGAGAGGAAAUAGCACGUCUACAGGACGCUAUUGAGAAUUUCAAAGCAGCCCAGCAACGCAUCAGUGAAGCGACUGCCUAUCAAGACUAUGUAAAUAGAGCCCAGAAGGCACUUACAGAAGCGCAAAAAGAUAAUGACUUCAUCUACCACGAACGUGUACCCGAUGUAAAAAUUCUUGAUCCUGUCGGAAAAGCGCCACUGGCUAAAACUCUUCCUAUUCCGGAACGUCUUGGCGCAAGCUUCAAAGAUUUAUUCGAGGGUUUAACACCGGUAGUGGUCCACCAAGCAAUGGCCGCUUGGGAUGUCCGAAAAACGGAAAUUAUCAACGUCGAAGUAGGCCGCAUGCGGGAAGCGAACCAGAUGCUCAAUGGUACAUUGGCCUCUCUGAACCUGCCGGCCGCGCUGGAAGAGUCGGCUGGUGAAUCGCUUCCUCAGUCCCUCAAGGAUAAAGCACGGGCAGUCCGGCAGUCCGGAGGUAUCGACAUUAUUAAGGAAUUGAUUGGCAAUCUCCCUUCGCUGCUGGAGCGUAACAAAGAGAUACUUGAUGAAGCCGAGCGGCUAUUAAAUGAAGAACGACAAUCGGAUGACCAACUCAAAGCGCAAUUUAAAGAAAGAUGGAGCCGGACGCCAUCAGUCAAGUUGACUGAGGCGUUUACGUCAAAUAUCGCUAAGUACAGACAAAUUUUGGCAAACGCUUCCAAUGCCGACAAUGUGGUCAAAGGGAAGUUUGAAAGCCAUAGAAGAGGUAUUGAACUACUGAGUAGACCUGAAGGCGAGCUAGAGACUGCUGUGCCAUCUGCUUCUCAAUCAGCGGCAGAUAAUAGCCGCUCACCGGCUGCUGCCCAGCUCAGACUCUUGAUGAGUCAAGUGAACGAUUUGAAAAGUGAAAGGGAGGUUUUGGAACAUGAAUUAAAGAACGCCACGAUUGACAUGAAACAGCAAUUCCUCGGUGCUUUGGCUCAGGAUGGAGCCAUAAACGAGCCAGCCGUUUCGGUGGAGAAGCUUGGUCAAGUCUAUGGUCCAUUACAGAAACGUAUCCGAGAAAGCAUUGACUUUCAAGCAAGUCUCAUUCAACAAAUACAGACGGUGAAUGAAGAUUUCGUUAAGGAUAAGUCGGACGGAAAGGGUCCUUCUGCCCGUGAAGAGCUCCUUAAAGAACUAGCCACGGCGCACGAUAUCCAUAUGGAAGUGCAGAAUAACCUUCAAGAAGGCGCCAAGUUUUACAACGAUUUAACUCAGCUUCUACUUAGCUUUCAGAGUAAAAUUUCGGACUUCUGUUUUGCGCGUAAAGCAGAAAAAGAAGAACUGCUGAAAGAUCUUACAUCAUCAUAUGCGGGUAAUGCCAGUUCUAAUGCCCCACCUUCUGAAGUUCCUAGCUACCAUGCAACUCAAGCUCGUGAAGCACCAGCUAGGCCUCCUCCUCCUAACUUUGGAACAAGUGCUCCAACAAGCAGUGCCCCAGCCGCUCAUUUAACGACAUCGCCAUCCCCUAUGGCUCCACAAGUGGUUCCUGGCCAAACCGGUCCAGCUCCAAACCAUUAUCUUCCCUACCCAAUCCAACCUUAUGGUGGAAUGCCCAUGCCAAUGCCCAUGCCCAUGUCAUACGGUUAUCCUUCAGGUGGUGCCCCUCCGAACUAUGAUUACGCCAAUCAAGCACAGUAUCAGCAGCAACAACAUCAACAAUCGCAACAGCCACAGCAACAAGGAGCACCUGGCUAUCCAGGUUAUAACGCCUACCCAUAUCCAUAUUAUAACCCCGCUUACCCUUACACGCCUCCCCGACCUUAUUGAUGCUAUUAAAUCAGUCGAAAUUUCUUUCCUCGGUAAGUUUGAAACGACCCGUAGAUUUCAUCAUAACGUUAGUGCCUUUUUUUUUCUUAAUACGCGCUGUCUUAAUUUCCUUUUGUCUUAAAUUUUUUUUCUUUAUUCCUAUCUGUCUAUGGUAACCGAUGAUCAAAUGGUUGUGUCCAUUGGCUCUAAAGAAAAAACAUACGAUUUAAUCAAGA